UGUGUGUGUGUGUGUGUGUGUGUGUGUGUGUGUGUGUGUGUGUGUGUGUGUGUGUGUGUGUGUGUGUGUCUGUGUGUAUGGGUCUUCUCUUUAAGAAGAGGCUUUCCCCUCAGUCUGAAUCAUUCUCACUUGGGUCAGCCGGCAACACAGACGUGUUCUCUCUUCUUCCAGGGAACUUCAACUCUAAGCUACAGCCAUGGCUCGUCUGGAACAGGUCAUUACAAACAUUGUUGACAUAUUUCUGGAGUAUGCUGAUGAUGAUGGCAAGAAACCCCAGCUGAAUACGGAAGAGUUGAAGAAGGUGUUGGAGCUAGAAAUACAAAGCCCAGAGUUAAAAGAUAAAAUCAAUGCAGCUGACAUCGGGGAGGCAAUGGAGAUGUUGGAUAAAAACCACGAUGGAGAGGUCAACUUCCGUGAGUUUUGUCGGUGUGUGUGUGUCCUGGCCAGAUGCUACUACCAGAAGAAGACAGGGAAGGGUGGCAAGAAAGGCAAGGGAAAAGAACAAGAAGGUGAACAAGAAGACUGAAUAUUACCUGCAAAACCUACAAAUGUUUGUAUAAUAUGCAUAAUAUAUUUACAAAUGGCAUUUAGGACCCAGUAUGUAUAUGUUAUUAUGUGACACAACCGACCCUGAAAACAGAUGCUGCUGCUGCUGCUGCUGCUGCUGCUAUUAAGCUAUUUGCACAUCCCUUAUAAUAUUUAGGUCACAAUAUGCAUAUAUUAUAUGUGACACAACUGAUCCUGAAAACAGUUGUGGCUGAAACUCAUGAUUGUUAUUUGUGUUUCAAAGUUGCAUGCGAAAUAUGAGUUUCACUGCCUUCAUACUUCAGUCAUCUGUUUUCAAAUACGUUUCAUUCCUGAAAAUAAAGUUUGGUUUGUUGUGGAUA